CUGCAUCCGCAUUUUUUCUUACAUUUAUUCAACUAAAAGCUCACUGUAGAGCUAUUUUGGCUACCACGCCCGCAUGCUUGCCAGUCGGUGUUUCUUCAAUGUCAGACAUUCCCCAUGAAAGUGGUCGGCAGUUUUAUGUUGAUUAUUGCGAUACUCAACAAUAUAUUGCCUUAAAUACCAAUCCCAUCUGUUCCGACAGCCUUACUGAUGUCUCACUUGAAAAUGCUCUUCGAUAGAUCAUGUUCUACGUGUUACGCUCUGCAUGCCAUACUGGUCGGGAUACACGUUGUCCUUGUCAUCUCUUAUAUAUCUCAUUGGGAACAUCAUGUAACCCUCACAUAUACGCCAACGACCAGCAAUUUUUGGUCUGUGGUACUGAGCGUUUCACUGCAAGCCUUUUACACAAUCUACACGGCUGUCCUACUCUUCCUCAUCCAACGGCUAGCAAUUUCAAGGAUGCUAGUACGCCGUCAGAAAUUGACAGCCAUUCACGAUAUCUCUGGUGCAUGGGCGGGCAUCGGCUCUGCACUCAGUAGUGUCUGGCAACAAAUUGGCAUCCCUGCCUCAUGGUGGAUGACUUCUGCUGUAACGGUCUACCUUGCAAGCAUUUCUGUGCUACACGUCACCUCUUCCAGUCUUCUACAAUUACAAACAUUCAAUACAAUCAUAACGACUUCUGUGCCAAUAACACUGGCAUGGCCGGACAACCUAGCAUAUUUCCCUGCCAAUUCAAGCUACUCCUCCAUAUAUGACGUGAACUGGUCUGCCAUUACUGCAUCCUUACCGGUUUUGAAUCAAUUGCCUGGAGUGGCCUUUACUGGAUUAUCCAAUACUACAGUCUACGACACCCCACAAAUAAAUGCUACAUCAGGAAAUGCGAUCGUAAAUGCAACAACGAUAACAUCGCGUUGCGGAAUACUUCCCAAUAUAACGUACUCUGUGGAUUACACUCAAAAUUAUCCGGUGAUCAUGGCAUAUUCUUCUGUUGGCGGUGAAACGUUGCUUCAAUUUCUCAUACAGGGUGUUCCCUGGUCGGACCUGAUACAAGUGGUUGACCCCGUACCCAUUUCUCCAAAUGCUAGCGACGCCUUCAAUAUUCAAAACCAGGCUGGCGUCGUCUUGAUGGUGUCUACACUAUUAGACAUAGAUCCCUCAGUGCAAGGGACGCUCGCUGUACCAGUACCUUGGGAAAUGAGGAAUUCUUCGGGGGUCCUCGAAGUCUAUUUUAUACAAUGCUCGUUAUCGACCAUGAGCGCAGGAGUAGUGUUGGACAUGCAAACCGACAGUUUGCAGAAUCCCGUGUCUGCCUUGCAAUCAUCUGGGCAGCCAUGGGAGACUAACACAUGGACAUCUAAUGAUUGGCAAUCCGUGAUCGGUCAGGCUCUGGCUUUAUCGAGCAGCAGUGGGUACUCAUUUGCGGAAGUAGUGGAAGGAAAUGUCACUUCCGAACCCUCAAUAGCGGAUGAGUAUAUCAUGUCAUUGGUAGGCUUAAAUCUCACCGCCGAGUAUUCCCAAGCUUCGCUGUGGGGUCUUCCCGUUCCUACCGCUGUUUUGAGCCCGGAUAAACUCGAAGCUGCUAUUGCACAAGUAGCCGCUCAAAUCAUCUGGAUAGGGAAAAUAGGCUCGUCUAAUGGAGGACUUCCAUCUGGGAACGGAAUGACCUAUAUCAAUAUUCUUCCUAAAUUUAUCGGAGAUGAAUUAAUUCAGCUGUCCUGUGCGAUAUCUGCGUCGGCGAUCAUGAUGGCAUUCGCUUUAUAUAUGACAAGAACAUAUAGCGUAUCCAGCAACAGUCAAGCUGCCAUCGAGAAGACAGGUGUAUUGCAACUCUUGUGGCUGGGCCGUCAUUCAGCUUCUGUCAACGAAGUUCUAGAAGAUGUGGAGUAUCCGACAGAGGCUAACCUGCGCAGCGCAGGCAUGAUUGAUGUCUGUUUUUCGAAGACGAUACCUGAACAGGAAGAGUUGAAGGAUUCCACUGAUUGCCUUGAUCACGUUGACCACGGUCGUGACGAUGUGAUGUGA